GACAGGACAGGAGCACCCACUGCUUCACGGGGAACACUUACUCUGAAUGAAUGAAUGAAUGAAUGAUUGAAUGUUACUGAGCCACACCUACAAGCGUGUGGAUUAAAACUGGUGGAAAGUUUACAGAUAUUUGCUUUUACGACAUCUGGCAUCUUCAGCUGAGAGGAACACAAGCCAUACACGGACGUCCAAGCUCACAGCAGUUGCUAUGGUAAACAGCAGAGUUGAGGCAGUGCCCGCAGUGGCGGUGAUGAGCAGUGGCGGGGGAACAGUGGGCAAGUCGUGUGCAGGAUGUGGCAGUCGAAUCGACGACCGCUUCCUGCUCUUCUCCAUGGAGCGGUACUGGCACACGCGCUGCCUCAAGUGCUCCUGCUGCCACGCUCAGCUGGGUGAAUACAGCAGCACCUGCUACAGCAAGGGAGGGAUGAUCCUCUGUAAGAACGACUACAUCAGGCUGUUUGGACACAGCGGUGCCUGCAGCGCUUGUGGACAGUCCAUACCUGCCAGUGAGAUGGUGAUGCGAGCGCAAGGCAACGUUUACCAUCUUAAAUGUUUCACGUGUGCGACCUGUAGGAACCGCCUGGUCCCCGGUGAUCGCUUUCACUACAUCAACGGGACCAUCUUCUGUGAACAUGACCGGCCAGGAGGAGGAGGAGGAGGUCUGCACAGUGGACACCCGACUCCACUACAGGCCAACAGCAUGAUGUCUGAUCAGAAGGUGUGCUGAGGAUGAAAAUAAAAAAAAACUGCU